CGCUGCAAGCAAAAACAUGCCCAAAAGAGCACACAACCUUGGCUGGAGGCGGCGGCAGGCCGAAUCUCCUUAUCAGUCCGGGAUAACCCCAAGCUCUCUCUCCCCCUCCAUCCCUUUCCCCACUCACCAGUAGCCACCACCACAUCUCGCAAGGCCAAAAGCCCUAGCCACCGUAGUAGUAGCUAGUAGCUAUAGCAAGGUAGAGAGAGCGCUCUAGAUCUCUCUCUCGCGGGGCGCUGGGCAGAUCGACCUGGCGAUGGCGACCAAGGGGAAUAAGCUCGGGGAGGUAAUGUGGGAGCACCGGCUGCAGGCGGCGGCCGUGGUGGCGCUGGUGGCGGCCACGGUGGUGUCGAUCUCCGCCAUCGGGCCCAGGCUCGGCGCCGUGGUCUCCUUCUUCUGGCCGCUGCUCGUCUCCACGGGGUUCUUCCUCGUGGCCGUGGCCGUCCUGCUCCGGAUCUCGCCGCCCCCCUCCAGCACCAUCGACGAGUCCGGCAAGGAGCUCAUCGACUUCGUCGCCGGGUGCCGCCCGGAGCACCACCCCCCGGAGGCGGCGGAGGCCGCCGUGGACGUGCCUCCGGAGCCGGAGAUCUAGAAAAUCGAGGGUGGCGGGCGUGGCGCGGGCGGCCGGCGGAAUCAGCGGCGCCUCGUCGCCGGGCGGCGGUGGGGUUGUGUGGGGUAAUCGCCAGCAUGGGCCCACCUGGAAGUGCGUGCCACCCCCGGUGUACGGUGCGGCCGUGGGCUCUGUGUUAGCGUAGGAUUCCGCCUCCGUUGUGGUCCGGGGUGUACAAUACCAUUCUCAAUAAAAACAUGGCAUAAAUUCGUCCUAGUACUA